AGGCGUCUUGGGAACACAAGUCUGGACACCCCUGAGAAGCCAUCAGUGCUGCAACUUCCGUCUAAGACUUGGCCACGGUGAGGGGAGCAAAAGAGCCUGAAAUUGGAAGGCUGUCCAAGGAAUAUACAGAGGGAAGCUGUUUGGGGAACUUGAGCUAUUCAGAAGAUGGCAACCAAGCCAACUGAGUCCAUCACAAUCCUCAGCCUUCGGAAGUUGAGCCUGGGGACCGCUGAGCCACAGGUUAAAGAGCCAAAGACAUUCACCGUGGAAGAUGCAGUGGAGACCAUUGGCUUCGGGCGUUUCCACAUUGCCCUCUUUCUCAUCAUGGGCAGCACUGGGGUUGUUGAGGCCAUGGAGAUCAUGUUGAUAGCUGUUGUGUCUCCUGUCAUCCGCUGUGAAUGGCAACUGGAGAAUUGGCAGGUGGCAUUAGUAACCACAAUGGUGUUUUUUGGCUACAUGGUUUUCAGUAUCCUCUUUGGCCUCCUGGCUGACAGAUAUGGCCGCUGGAAGAUUCUGCUCAUCUCGUUCCUGUGGGGAGCCUAUUUCUCCUUGCUGACCUCGUUUGCUCCUUCGUACGUCUGGUUUGUCUUCCUGCGGACGAUGGUGGGCUGUGGUGUGUCCGGCCACUCACAGGGGUUAAUCAUAAAGACUGAAUUUUUGCCCACGAAAUACCGAGGCUAUAUGUUACCCUUGUCUCAGGUGUUCUGGCUUGCGGGCUCGCUGCUCAUCAUUGGCCUGGCCUCUGUGGUCAUCCCCACCGUCGGGUGGCGCUGGCUCAUCCGCAUCGCCUCCAUCCCAGGCAUCAUCCUCAUCAUGGCCUUCAAGUUUAUUCCUGAAUCUGCCCGGUUCAAUGUCUCCACUGGAAACACUCAGGCUGCCGUGGCCACUCUGGAGCACAUUGCCAAGAUGAACCGCUCAGUCAUGCCGGAGGGGAAGCUGGUGGAGCCCGUCCUGGAAAAAAGAGGAAGAUUUGCAGACCUAUUGGAUGCUAAAUAUCUACGGACCACGUUACAGAUCUGGGUCAUAUGGCUCGGAAUCUCUUUUGCCUACUAUGGGGUUAUCCUGGCCAGUGCUGAGCUGCUGGAGCGGGACCUGGUCUGUGGUUCGAAGGCAGACUCUGAGGUGGUGGUGACUGGGGGCAACUCAGGGGAGAGCCAGAGCCCCUGCUACUGCCACAUGUUUGCACCCUCUGACUAUCGGACCAUGAUCAUCAGCACCAUCGGUGAAAUUGCUCUGAAUCCUUUAAAUAUCCUGGGCAUCAAUUUCCUGGGAAGACGGCUGAGCCUUUCCAUUACCAUGGGAUGCACGGCUUUAUUCUUCCUUCUCCUCAACAUUUGCACUUCAAGUGCCGGCCUGAUUGGCUUCCUCUUCAUGCUGAGGGCCCUGGUAGCUGCAAACUUCAACACUGUCUACAUUUACACAGCUGAGGUCUACCCCACCACUAUGCGUGCUUUGGGGAUGGGAAUCAGCGGCUCCCUGUGUCGCAUUGGUGCAAUGGUGGCGCCAUUUAUAUCCCAGCAAAUUAAAUGAAGACCUGCAAAGCUGUCUACCAGAUGAGAAAAAUGAAUUCUAUCUUCAGAACUGCGGUGCAUUUUUUAAAACUUGGUUUUACUUCUGUAUGCUACUCGGUAAUUAGUAAAGUCAUUUUUUUUUAAAAGGCAUAUAUGGGAAUGGGGUAGGUAACUCUAUAUUGAUCUCUUCCUUGAGGGACAAUAUAUAAAGUACUUUUAUAAAAUACAACUUAAGCUUUCAAAGGGGUGUGAAAGGGAGAUGGUGGGGGAAAGAUGGCUUUUAUUCCUUGAAAUCAAGUCUGUAAACCUUUAUAUGAAUAAAUACUAAAUUUUAAACUUAUAUUUGAUAUUCUCCCAUGAGGUUUGUAGCUAAACUUGAACUGAAAUUUUGUAGCUAAGGCAAGAACCUGGGAUGAUAUCAUUUUCAAAACAACUAGAAUAGCCAUCAAGUUCAAAUUCAAAUUCGCCUAUGUAACUUACAGCCUCCAUAGUUUGAUGAAAAUUGCUUAUUCAUAAAAUGCUUAAAUUAGAAUGAGUAUUACACAUAAUCACCAAGAAGCAGGGAAUAAACCAAUUUUACUCCUUACAUUCCCUGUCUCUAAUUUUAUUUUUUUAUAGGGGGAGUCUUUGAUUCUCUUGAUUAAAGAACGCAGCAAGCUUUUCGCCAUCAUGUAAUUACAGGCCUGUCCUAUUUUAUUGUGCUUCCAUAUAUUGCACUGUUACCAACAGCAUGUACUCACUGUAUCUCUGUCCUAUUUUGGUCAUCUGUUGUGGUGAUUGGUGAUCUUUGACGUUACUAUUGUAAUUGUUUUGAGAGUGCCACUAACCACACUCAUGUAAGAAGGCAAACUUAAUUGAUACAUGUGUGUUCUUACUGCUCUGCCUACUGGAUGUUCCCCCUUCUCUCUCCUUUUCCUUAGGCCUUCCUAUCCCCUGAGACUCAGUACUAUUGAAAUUAGGCCAAAUAACUCUACAAUAGCCUGUAAAUGUUCAAGUGAAAGGAAUACUCGCACAUUUCUGAUUUUAAAUCAAAAGCUACAAAUGAUGAAGCUUAGUGAGGAAGGUAUGUUGAAAGCUACAAGCUCGAAGCUAGGCCUCUUAUGCCAAACAGCCAAGUUGUGCAUGCACAAAGUUCUUGAAGGGUCUGGUUUAGUAAAAUGCACGAAUGAUAAGAAAGCACAACAGCCUUAUUGCUAAUGUGGAGAAAGUUUGGUCUGGAUAGAUCAAACUAUUCACAACAAUCCCUUAAGCCAAAACCUAACAUAGAGCAAGACCCUACCUCUCUGUGAAGGCAAGUGCAAGGUGAAGCAGCAAGUGCUAAUGGAGACACUACAGCAAGUUAUUUAGAUCUAGCUAAAAUCACUGAUGGUAGUUACACUAAACAGAUUUUUGUGUCGAUAAAAUAGCCUUCUAUUGGAAGAAGAUGCCAACUAGGACUUUAUAGUUACAAGUUAAUGCUUGGCUUCAAAGAAUAGGCUGACUCUCUUGUUAGGGACUAAUGCAGCUGGUGCAGCCAAUGCUCAUUGACCUCAAAAUUCGAGGGCCCUUAAGAAUUACGCUAAAUCUACUCUGCCUGUACUUUAUACGUAGAACAAUGCUUAGAUGAUGGAAUUAUCUGUUUACGGCAUGGUGAAUUUUUUAAGCCCAUUUUUUGAGACCUAUCGUUCAAAAAAAGGACUUCGUGUAAAACAUUACUGCUCACUGACAUUGCACCUAGUCACCUAAGAUCUCGAUAAUUUAAUGUCUGUUAACAAAACACACAGUCUGUAGACCAUAGAUCAAGAAGUAAAUUUGACUUUCAAGUCUUAUUAUUUAAGAAAUAUAUUUCAUAAAGCUAUAGCUGCCACAGAUAGUGAUUCCACUGAUGAAUCUGGGCAAAGUAAACAGAAAACCUUCCGGAAACAAUUCACCAUUCUAGAUGCCAUUAAGAACAUCUGUGAUUCACGGGAAGAGUCAGAAUAACUCAGGAGUGAGAAAGACAUUGAUUUGAACCUUCACAAAUGACUUUUAGGGGUUCAAGAUUUCAGUGAAAAAAGGUACUAUAGAUGUGACAGGAAUACCAAGAGAACUAGAAGUGGAGACUGAAGAUGUGACUGAAUUGCUGUAAUCUCAAACUUGAACAGAUGAGGACUUGCUUCUUGUGGAUGA